AUGGCCGACGACGGCCUCCUCCUCAAUUUCUCCCUCCCGGGAGACAACGACUUCUCGAAACCCGAACCCAAGCUAAAAGGCGGCACCUGGAAGGACCGACUCAGCGCGAAGAAGAAAGCGCAGCAUCGCGCAAAGAAGCCGCGCGAUGGUGACGACUCGAACGCGCAAGGCACCGACCGCCCCGUGCACAAUCCCAAUCGCAUCCAGGUGAAUCCCGGAUCCCGACCGCAGAAGCGACAGCGAACCGACGGGGAAGCCGACACGGGGAAGCCGACACAGGGACAUGGACAUAGACACGGACAGAAGGGACAGCAUAAUCAGCAUCCGCGAGAAUUCAUUUCCUCGCUAUUCUCGAAGAACCCGGAGUCGCAGAACGUGAAUGCCGAGGAGAAUCAGGACCAGGAGGUUGAGGACGCCAAGCCGACGAAUGCGCCGCUGAUCGAUGGACUCGAUACCUUCACGAACCUGGGACUGUCGCCGACUCUGGCGGCGCAUUUGCUCACGAAGCUGGAAUUGAAGGCGCCGACUGCGAUUCAGAAGGCGUCGAUAUCGCAGCUGCUGAAGGACCAGGACAGCGAUGCUUUCAUCCAAGCGGAGACCGGUUCCGGAAAGACGUUGGCGUAUCUACUGCCCUUGGUGCAGCGGAUCAUGGCGCUCUCGCAGUCCCAGAAGAAGCGGACCGCAAGCCAGGCGGAGGAGGGUGAGGGCGACGGAAACGUGCAUCGCGACAGUGGGCUGUUUGCUAUCAUUCUGGCGCCGACGCGCGAGCUGUGUAAGCAGAUCUCAGUGGUGUUGGAGGGGCUGUUGCGGUGCGCGCAUUGGCUCGUGGCUGGAACGGUUAUCGGAGGAGAGAAGAAGAAGUCGGAGAAAGCGCGGUUGCGGAAAGGGUUGAAUAUCCUGGUGGCGACGCCGGGUCGGUUGGCGGAUCACUUGGACAACACGCAGGUUUUGGAUGUCAGCAAUGUGCGGUGGUUGGUGCUCGAUGAGGGAGACCGGUUGAUGGAGCUGGGCUUCGAGCAGGAGCUGCAGGGCAUCAUCCAGAAACUGGACGCGCGACAACGGCCCAGUCGCAUUCCCGGAGUUCCGACGAAACGAACGACGAUUCUUUGCUCGGCGACGCUCAAGAUGAACGUGCAGAAGCUGGGUGAGAUUAGUCUGAAGGAUGCGAUUCACGUCAAGGCGGAUCCCGCCGACGACGGAGACGUCAAGAAAGAUGACAAGGACGAUGCCUUCCGGGUGCCCGCGCAGCUGAAGCAAUCAUACGCGAUUACCCCGGCCAAGCUGAGACUGGUUACACUGACGGCUUUCUUGAAACGCACGUUCAUGCGAAAGGGCUCGGUCAUGAAGGCUAUUGUGUUUGUAACCUGCGCGGAUUCGGUGGAUUUCCAUUUCGAGCUAUUUACACGGAAUCACUACUCUCGGAAAGACGCCAAACAAGAAAGUGAAUCCAGUGAGGAGGACGAUGAAGACAAAGACGAAGACAAAGACGACGAAGAGACCACCAAAGAGAAACUCUCCCCCCACGGCACGAUCGCCCCCGCCACUGCCUUCUCGACCAAAUCCAACCCCGUCACUCUACACAAGCUGCACGGUUCUCUGCCCCAGCACGUCCGAACCUCCACCCUCACCUCGUUCGCGCGCAGCCGCGAGCCCUCCGUCCUGAUCUGUACCGACGUCGCCUCGCGAGGUCUGGAUCUCCCCAACGUCGACCUCGUCGUGGAAUACGACCCGGCCUUCAGCGCCGACGACCACACGCACCGAAUCGGACGAACAGCGCGUCUCGGCCGCGACGGCCGCGCCCUAGUCUUCCUGAUGCCCGGCUGCGAGGAGAACUACGUGGAGGUGCUGAAGCGCGGAUACCGCGACGGCGGCAAGGCGCUGACCCGCACCACGGCCGAGGAUAUCAUCAAGCGCGGAUUCAGCGGCAAUAUCCAAUCCGAGGGCAAGAACUGGGAGGAAAAGGCCACCGACUUCCAGAUUGACAUUGAGCGUUGGGCUGUCGAUAACCCGGAGUAUCUGGAGAUGGCGCGUCGGGCGUAUCAAUCGCACAUUCGCGCGUAUGCGACCCAUAUCGCCAACGAGCGGAACAUGUUCAACAUCAAGGAGCUGCAUCUGGGUCAUUUGGCCAAGGCGUUUGCGUUGCGGGAUCGACCCAGCAAAAUCAAUGUGCCAGGUCUGCGGCCGGGACAGGAGGACACGAAGAAGGAUUUCAAGGCGGAGCGGAAGACUGGCUCCGCUGGGAAGAAGAGGAAGGCUGGUGCUGGCGGUGGCCGGGAUGAUGACGAUGUCGCUCGUUCUCAGGAUACGUUCAGUGCGGCGCGCAUCAUGAGAGCCAAGGUGAAGGAGCAGAUGGCGGGUGCUAAUGAAUUCAACCUGGCUUGA